AUGGAUGAAAUUUUUAAAUCAAGUAUUUUAAUGGAUGGAAUAAUUACAAAUCGCGAAAUGUUAAAUAGUGUUUUGAAAAAAGACUUCGAAUUGUUUUCAGAAGACAUAACAACAAUGCUUAAUAAUUCAAUGGAAAAAAAUAAUGAUGAUAAGAGUAAAGUGGAUUUAUCAGAACUCAAAAUUUUAAAGGAGAAAGAAAAAAAUAGAAUACAAGAUUUAAAAAAAAAGUUGAUCCUUGAACAAAAAGAGGAGGAAGAGGAAAUGAAUUCUGAUAGCAAAACAUGUGAAAAUUUGAAGACUAUAUCUAAUAAACUGUUGGCUCAAUUUGCAAAAUUUUCUGAAAUCUAUGAAAAUGAAAUCGAAUUGUGGACAAAUAAAGAAAUUAAAAAUCCUAAAGAAGGCAACGAUGUUGUUUUCGAUGGUCAUAAAAUAUUAGAAGCAAAUACAAAACUAGAUAAAUUACAUGGUGUAAGUUUCAAAAAAAAAAUCUUGAGCUGA